GUCUGUAUUGGUAUCAGUGACAAGCUGCCACCAACCACCCAUUUCAAGUUUUAGUUUUAGUGGUUUACUUGUACUGUACAUCGGUGAUUUUUAGUCUUUGGUUGUGAAAUUUUUAUCUCUUAUUUUUUAAGCCACAAAAAAAAAAAAAAAAAAAAAAUUACAAUAUUAAAAAAUUAAUAAUAAUAACAAUGUCUCAUCAAACAGGAAUAAAAGCUAAUGAUGCUCUGAAAAAAUUAUUUGCCAAGUGUCGUGAUGGAAAAAUACGUGUAUUAAAAGUAUCUAUAGAAAAUGAGGAAUUAACACCAUCGACGUCAUCAAAACCCGUUGGUAAAUGGCAAGAUGACUAUAAUAAAUUAGUAAAACCACUUAUUGCUGAGAAUCAACCAGCAUAUAUAUUAUUUAGACUGGAUACAAAAUCACCAGACUCUGGGUACGACUGGCUUUUUAUUUCAUGGUCACCUGACAAUGCGCCAGUACGUCAAAAAAUGUUGUACGCAUCAACAAAAGCCACCUUGAAACAAGAGUUUGGUACUGCAUCAAUAAAAGAUGAACUGCACGGUACAGUACUGGAAGAUGUUACUCUGGAAGGUUACAAUAGACAUAAAAAAAAUGACGCCGCACCAGCUCCAUUGACUUCCGCUGAAGAAGAAUUAGUUGAAUUAAAAAAAACAGCGAUACAUACUGACUACAAUGUUGAAACAAGACAUCAGACACUCAGUGGUGUCGCAUUUCCCGUUACCGAUGAAGCUAAACAAGCAAUAACUGAUAUGGGAAAGGGAAUACACGAAUACGUACAAUUAAAAAUUGAUUUAGAUGAAGAAAAAAUUCAUUUAGUUAUGACUGGUGAUGUUUCAUUAGACAAAUUGCCUACUAAGGUACCUGCUGAUUCUGCUAGAUAUCAUUUAUAUAAUUUUAAACAUACACACGAGGGUGAUUACACUGAAGCAAUAGUUUUUAUCUACAGUAUGCCGGGGUACAGUUGCAGCAUCAAAGAACGAAUGCUUUAUUCAUCAUGCAAGGCACCACUACUCGAUCUCAUUCAAUCAUUAGGUGUUACAAUCGCCAAAAAGCUAGAGAUAGAUGAUGCAAAGGAAUUAACCGAAGGAUUUUUACAAGAGGAACUGCAUCCAAAAGUCAAUUUACACCGGCCAAAAUUUGCUAAACCAAAAGGACCUCCUGGCAGAGGCGCUAAACGCAUUACCAAGGUCCAGGAUUUAGAUAAACAAGAAGACUAGUAACUUGAUUUUUUUUUGUCCGUGUGUUUUUUUUUUCUUUUAUUUAUUUUUCGUUUGUCUUAAUGUCAAACAGGGUGGUAGGGACUGCAGUCUUAUGACUAUAUGAGAUUAUAGUGCAUUUUAUUUUUUACUUAUAAAUUUAUUAUUUAUUUAAUCAAUUUGAAUAUUUACUAUUUUGACUAUAGUAUUAAAUUUAUAUUCAUUUACUGAGUAUUUAAUCAGGCCUAUUCUAAAAGCAGGAUUGUUUGCUAUUGCAAAUAUGAUUUUUUUUUUUUUUAAAUAAUUUAAAAAAUAUAUAAUUAUGUAAAUGUCAAUGUAUUAUUAUAUAAAAUAAGGUAGGUAAUGUUAUAUCUUAAAUUAAUUGACAAUUAGCUGAGUCGAAUCAUAAUUUCAUGGCCUACUUGUAGUUUUUAAAUAGUGUAGCAAUAAAUGAAAUCAAAUGCCGUUACAAGAGGAAAAAUUUUUUUUUUUGUAAAUUAUAAAUAAUUUUAUGGCUAAUUAGUAGAAAUAAAAAAGUAUACCAGUAUAGUUUUGUUGUCUCAUUUUUUUUAUUUUAAUAAUUAAAGUAAUCUAUCGAUAAAAAUUAACAAAUAACUAAUAUGUACAAAAAAACUGCAUUAGUUUUAUUAUUUAUUGUCUUCUUUUUGUGUUUCUGGAUUAGUUGCCAGUGGGUCUUCCAUAAUUUCAUGUUGCAGUUUAGCAUACUCUUUACUCACUUGUUCGUCCCUUUUCUUUUGUAUUGCUCUAGAAAAAAAAAAAUAUAUACAUGUAUUAAAUUAAUUGAUUUUAAAAAAUUUUUUUUUAUUAAAUUUUAGGCAGUGUUACAUGUCUACUCACAACAUCUCUACUCAAGGGAAAUGAUUAUGGCUCUACUCGUUUACUUCUUUACUCAGUCUCAACUUUACUCAAAUAUUUUUUUACUCAGAUUCGACUCUACUCAGUUAUAUCUUCACUCAUCUUCAACUGGUCUCAGCGAAAACUUUACUCAGCUACAACUCACAAAGAAUUGCUAUUUUAUUGAUGGGCUAAAAUACGGCAUCAUGACAAGUCGUUCCAAAACCUCUCUAUGCACAGACAACUCUAUAUCAUUUUCCGACUGACUACCACAUGGAAAGAACAAGAUGAUACUGGCUUCCAUCUCAGAUUAUACUCAUUUACAUAUGAGGUAAAAAAAAUUUCAGAUUACCAUCUGGGUACUCCCAGUAUAAUCUAGAUUUUACUGAGUUGCAUCUAGAUUAUACUCAGUUUCAUCCCAGAUGUUACUCAGUAACAUCUCAGAUUAUACUGGUUUUCAUCCUAGAUGGUAACCACAUACAUCUGGAUUAUACUCAGUACCAUCUCAGAUUAUACUCACUUAGUAUACAAAAUGCGCAUGCGCUACAAAAAAAAUGGCUGAGUUGUAACUGAGUUAAAUUUCAGAUAGUAUUGAGUAUAAUCUGAGAUAGUACUGGGUAUAAUCCAGAUGAUGUGGUUACCAUCUAGGAUGAAAAUCAGUAUACUGGAGCUACUGAGAGCGUUCCCUUCAGUUUGCAUGCAAUUCCCAUACCCCCACCAUUAAAUGAUGAGCAAGCUCUCAGUAGCCUCACUAUAUAAUCUGAGAUGUUGGCAGAUUGCCAUGUCUACUCAGAACCUAACUACCUCGUACAAACUUUAUUCAAAAAUCGUUAGCCCUAAUAGCUCAGCUCAAAAAUUUCUUGAUUCCAAGAUUUCUUUAUUCCAUUACAUCAUUAUUCCAAGAUAUCUCUACCCAAACUUUUGAGAAAAAGUAAACAACUCAGUAAGCAGGAAAAUGCUUUCUUUUUUUCAGAAAUUUGGGUAGAGUUAUCUUGGAAUAAUGAUGUAAUGGAGUAAAGAAAUCUUAGAAUCAAGAAAUUUUUGAGCUGAGCUAUUAGGGCUAACGAUUUUUGAAUAAAGUUGGUACGACGUAGUGAAGAUCUGAGUAGACAUGGCAAUAUGCCUCAUUUUUCUACCUUAAACAUGUCAUUCGAAAAUAAAACUGUCCUCGAACUGAUUAUUUCAAAACAUCUCUAUCCAGAACAACUCUCCCCAACCUCAAGAUUUACUCCGAAACUUCUAUUCAAUGACAAGAAUAUCCGAAAUACCAGUAUUCAUUAUCGAUUUAACUAGAAAAUCAUCGGUACCUGAGAAAACAUGUUAGUUAACAUGGAAAUUCACGUGUUUUUUCAGUUACCGAUGAUUUUUUUAGCUGAGUUGAUAAUGAAGGGUCAUUUUAGAUAGUCUUGGCAUUGAAUAGAAAAGUUUCAAAGUUGAGUUUGCGCUCGAGGAAAGUUAUUCUGGAUAGAGAUGUUUUCGAGUGAUCAGUUCAAGGAUAGUUUUAUUUUACGAUAGACAUGUUUUAGGUAGAGAAAUGCUACAGAGUUGUCUGUGCAAUGAGAAAUUUUUGAGCGAGUUGACAGAAUGCCUAAAAUACGUGAGUAGAAUUGUAGCUGAGUAAAGAAGUAAAUGAGUAAAGUUAUAAUUUCUCUUGAGUUGAGAUGUUUUUUUUUGGUUCCUUUUUGCCUAUCGUCCCGAUAGGGCCACGUGCCACGAGUUGACAGAAUGCCUAAAAUACGUGAGUAGAAUUGUAGCUGAGUAAAGAUAUAACUGAGUAUUGUUGAGGCUGAGUAAAGCAGUAAAUGUGUAAAGUUAUAAUUUCCCUUGAGUAGAGAUAUUGUGAGUAGACAUGUAAUACUGUCAAAUUGUAAAUCACGGAUGUUAUGACUAAAAAACAAUAAAAUUAUUAGCUGUGAAAACAUUCCUUAAUAUACGGCCGUGCUAAACACAGAAGUGGUAACUUACUGUAGUAUUUCUGUACAAGUUACCACUUCUGUGCUUAGCAUGGCAGUGUCUCAACGCUUCAUUCUUAACUUAAAUUUUUUGAAAGAUCCAAAUUCAUUAUUCAACAUGUCAAAGUAAAGUACAGUACAGUCUGGUUAUGAGCAACGUUUCUGUCUAUACUCCUGUUCGUCCUUGAGUGCGGAAAAUAAAAAAUGACAAUUCUUGUUAAUAAAUAAAAAAAUAUAAUUAUCAAUUAAAAUAGCAUACUCUUCACGGAGUUCAUAAAUUUUCUUCUGUGUUUCUUGUAAACUUUUCAUGGAUGUACCAGUUACCCAAAAAAUGCUAUCGAAAAAUAAUCCAGUUAAUGAACCAACAAAAGCACCAACUAAUGAACCAGCUAUAAAUCCUUUCAAACCCAUGUUCAUCUUGAAUGCUCCACCAGCAGUUAUACCAGCAAUUACGUAUUCUAUUAUACCAUUUUCACCUCUCCAAGCAGCUACUGCUGUACUUGUUGUU